UUGGUGGUGUAUGUGCGCGAGUGAACGAGAAGGAACCAGUCAUCCAGUGGAUACUCGACGACCGACCACGGAGAAAGGCGGACCAGCGGUGGACUCCGGAAGCGCAGCGAAAAGGAAGGAUUUUGGCGAAAAAAGUUUGCACAUUCGCGACAAGUGACCAUCAGCAGCAGAAGGACUGAGGUAGUGUUUGAGCCAGUGGGAUAUUGACGUCCCAUGAAGUCAACGGCAGCCGUCGUCGCACAAAGUUAAGCUAGAACAUCCCGCAGUACGAUGGAGGCAGCAGCAGCAGCAGCAGCUGAAAUGGAUGAGAUCAUCGCCGGGCUGAAGAACGCCACGCUGGAGAAGAGCCCGGAGCGGGCGCUGCCCCUGCUGAAGCAAAUCUCCGACGCGGAAAACAACCUCUGUGAUAAGUACGACAUCAAGGGUGAUUUGCUGGAGCUGCUCGGGCUGGACGAUCGAGCCGUGCAGGUGCAGGUGGCGCGAUGUAUUGCCGAGGUGGCCAAGACGGAAGCCCAGCGGGACAAGUUCACGAAGGAGGACGUCAUUGGGAAGUUGGUGUCGUUGCUGUCGGUUGACGCGGGGAGCUUGGAGUUGACGAUUCAGGUGUGCCGAGCGUUGGGGAAUAUUUGCUACGCGAAUGACGACGCGCGGAGUAUCAUCAAGACGACGAAGGGGGAUGAGCGGAUCUUUGCGUUGCUUGAUCUGGACGUGGACACCGACGAGGACGAUCGGGACCAGUUUGUACGGGUGCGGUGUGGACUGGUGUCGAACUAUCUGCUUGGGAGCGAUGACAUUGCGGAGCGGGCGGUUGAGCUGAAGAUUGUCGGGAAGAUCGAGAAGAUUUUGGCGCGGUGCGUCUCGGACGUGGACAAGUACGAGGACCUGCUGCUGAACAUCCUGCCUCCGUUGAGCAUUUUGACCGAACAGAUCAGCGAGCUGUACUUUGAGCCGUCGCUGAACAAGCUGAUCGCACAAAUUCUGGCCAAAUGCACGAACCCGGACCUGGCAGAGUCUUGUCUGGCGUUGUUGCACUUUUCCGCGCAGAACGACGACGUGAAGCUGCUGCUGGCGGAGGAGGGACUCUGCGAGACGAUCUACAAACUGCUCGAGAAGUACAAAACGUUCGCCAACACGGACGAAGCGCGCGUGCUGAUGAAGCUUGCCUGUGAUCUGAUUGUACUUAUUCUUACCGGAGACAAAUCGAUGCAUUACCUGUACACGACGCCCCUCCUCAAGUACAUGGAGGAUUGGCUCGACUCGUCGGACGUGGAGCUGCUCACGACGGGCGUGCUCGCACUGGGAAACUUUGCCCGUACCGAUCGGCACUGCAUUUACAUGGUCGAGAACCGAAUCAUGCACAAGUUGCUCUCAAUUCUCGCCAAGAACAACGGCGUCGACCAUCAGAUGACGCUGCAGCACGCGUUGCUGAGCACGCUGAAGAACCUGGUGAUACCGAAGCCGAACAAGGCGGCCGUCGUGGAGGCUGGGCUGGUGGACAUUAUACUGCCCAUGCUGGAGAUUCACCAGCCGCCGGUUGUGUUCAAGCUGCUCGGAACGCUGCGGAUGACCGUGGACGGGCAGGAGAAACUAGCCCAACAGCUGCUGCAGAACGAGAAGCUCAUCAAGCAGCUGGUUCACUGGAGUAAAACUUCCGAGUUUACCGGCGUGCUGGGGGAAUCGCUGCGGCUGAUGGCGUGGCUAAUCAAGCACGCCUACCACGCUAGCAAGGACCUGGCCGCGGCCGACGACACGGGCCUGCGAAAGUUCGUAGCCGUCGAGGGAUCCGUCGAAAGUAUGGUCGGCAUGCUGACCUCGACCCACCUGGUGAUGCAAAACGAAGCGUUGAUUGCGUUGAGCAUUUUGAGCACAACCUUCCAGAAUAAAAACGCCGACGUAAAGCUGGACGAGUUGGUGAUCAAGACCGAGAUUGGCGCCAAGUUGGCCGAACAGAUUACGCUCAACGGCGAAACGAUGACCAAGGAGAUCGUGGACAACCUGCAAACGUUUAUCAAGCUGCUAAAGACGUCCGAGGCGUGCGAGGAACACUUGAAGAAGCAUAAUAUUGAUGAACUGCUGAAGAGUAUUCCCAGCCUUGUUGAGUAUUGCACACUGUAAGGAGAAAGAGGUCACACCAGAUUCUAUUCUGAACUUCUAGCGAUCCUCCCCCCAAUUCUCUUGUCAUAACUCAUUUCUAAUCCUGUUCGGUUUGCUUCCUUAGCGCGCAGAUAUUCGUGUCACUUUGAAACGCGAUGCAUUUGCCAAAGUAGUACUGAAAAAAACGUAGUGAUUUUAUUUUCCAAAAUUUAAAAAAAAACAACAACAAACGCAAUUAUUAGUCAUUAGCUAUUCAAAGUACUUUUAUUAAACACAAGAGCAAACUCUUUACCAGCAUUUUAAGGAAUGUCCGUAGGAGUAACAUUACGAUAUAAUACUACCAACAACUUAAAACAAUCAUUGCAUUUAUUCAAUAUAUGUGCUAAACGGUAUUUCAAACAGUAGUUAAUUAAAAGCAAAAACUUGUAGUGUCAGCAUAUCUUUUGAUAUCUACGAAAUAAAAGUACUGUUUUUUUUAAAUACGAUAUCUACGCAAAACAAAAAUUUAAGACUUUAAAACCAACUCUCUCAACACCACAAACACACUCUUUCUAUUCUAAGAUGUGAAAACUCUGUUCGACAACACUUCUACUACUCUGGUUGCACAGAAGAGUCCCCAUCCCCUUUUCUAUCUAGAACAAAAAAAAAAAAAAAAAAAAAAAAGAACAAAACACAAAGAUGAUAAUGUGAAUCUUAAAAAAUACCAUGUUGAAAACAUUUAAAAAACCAAAUAUAAGCAAUGUUUUUUUUUCAUAUUUAUUGAAAGCGAAAAAAUGUUACACAGAAAAAUCUAACGAUCAAAGUCAAGAUUGUUAUUUACAAAAAGAAUAAAAAAGAAACAAGAAAAAGUCACGAAUAAAAAUUUGCUUUUAGUCGGAUUAUAUAGUGAGCGCGCGCAAUCUCUACGGUAAACAAAAUGCAACACGAUUAAAUUAACCUGAAAAAAGACAAACAAAUAAAAAACAACAUUAAAGAAUCGUUAAUAUUGGUGCAAGUUUCGAUAGUCCUUGUGUAGAGAAAGCAAAUAAAUCAGAUUAUAAAUUAUACACAAAAAAA